AUGAUCGUCAGGACCGCCGCCGUACUUCUGGCCAUGUUCAGCACUUCCCUUGCAUGUAGCACCACCUGGCCAAACGGCACAGACACCACGCCGAACUGGUACCAGUGCAACAGUGGCCCCAUCACCUUCUUCAAUGCAACGCCUUUUGAUCAAAGUGGUAAAUACGAGUAUCCCGUCCAUUUGAGCAAAGCUCUGAUUAUCAAGUCCGACAUCAACAACCCGAAGACGUCAUAUGGAUCACCUGGUCUGAAACAGACAACAAACAUCUGGAGUUGGACGACGACGUGCAGCUGGAGCUCCGUUCCCACUUUCGGAAUGCUGAAAAAUCUGGAUGCCUGCACUAAUGGCAUCCCAUGCCCAAUCAAGACUGGACGUCAAGAAUUGGACAUGGUCUUGGACUUCUCACCGUAUGGAGCCAUCAUUUCACUGCUCAAGGACGACGCUCCGUAUCAGGUUCAGAUGAUUUUACAUGACGACGUCACCAAGGCGGAUGUCGGAUGCAUCACCUUCCAAGCAAGAGCACGAAUUCAAUGA